CGGUGCCGCGCGAGGCCGCGGUGCUGGGCGCGGGCGGUGAGGGGCCGCGUGGGCUGCGGUGCCUGGGGAACGUUUCACAGCGCGGGAACGAGCUGCUCGCUGCUUCUGUGCGAGUGCGCUCGUGCAAGCGCUUGUUCCGCCUCCGCUGCUCCGUGUGCUCGCGCGGGUCUUGCUCUGCUCUCAGUACGGAGCGCUGAUCGCGUUGUCUAUGUCCCGCGCUUCCUGUGUCCCUUUGUCAGGAACCUUUUGGGUAAGCAGGAGAGCUGUGAGAAAUUCUGAGCUAAGCCGGUGCAGAAAUCGCUGUUUUCAUGAGUCCGUAUAUACGCAGCCAGCCUGGGCUCAGCGGCCCUUCGUAGCGGGGGAUGGGUGUGCUCACGUCCCACACGCAAAGUUUCAGCCGCACAGUGCAUUGUGAGCGGCAGGGCCCUGACACACAGCUCCCGCUGGACACGAAGCCUUUGUUUCCGCAGCAAUUAAGGGAUGUAUAUCGGUAAUUUUGUAGGCAGACGUGUGUUAGGAGAAGGGGAUUGAAAAAAAACAAAUGGAAGCCUUGGCACAUCUUAAUUAACUUGCCAGUCUGUCGAGCGGGGAACCAAACCUGCAGGGAGCACAGAGUUAACGCAGCACCUCGCAAGAACUUACUGCGGGGCUGCGGCGCGGGGAGCAGAAGACAAAACUGUGAGAAGGUGGAAGGACUGCAACAGCCUGCAAAGCCACCUCGUGUGUGUUUGCGUUUGCUUAGAGUACCUAUAGAUAUGUUGGUGUGAGUACUGGCUAAGGUUGGUAGGAAAAUGGAACUUAAAUUACAGACUAAACUUUCAGUGGUAGAGAUUGGAGAAUUAGUCUCUGUUCAGUUCACUCACAACAGACUGUGGGACGCUGACAUUUGUUGAAGGUGAGCAGCGCCUGGAGAGCAAAAGGACUGAAAGACAGCCUGGGUGCUGGGCAGCUGGAGCCUGCAGCAGGAAUGGGUUGCUGCAGCCUGGGAGAUGAAGAGAGAUGAUUAAGGAAGAGUGAACACGCAACACUGGAUUUCUACUGAAUGCAAAUGACCAGUUGUUAGAUUUAUGGGAACCAUUUUCUUUUUUCUUUACCCCAGUGUGAGACUUCAGAAAUAAUUCAUCCUCUUUUGUCAUUUGAGAUAUAUAUAUGUGUGUGUGUGGGGGGGGGGGGAAUUCAUGUAACUUUUAAUUCUGUUUUACAGGAGAAAAGGAGGGAAGAAUGUAUCUGUGUACAGCAGCUACCAGCAGCAGCUGUUUGAGAGGCAAAGCCAAAAAAAAGGGCAAUAUUUCCUGUGCUCUGACUGCAUUUACCAUCAGGCUGAGAUAACUUGCUGCCAAAGUCUCAAGUAGCACACCACCUAGCCUUGCAAAUCACAAAGGCCCCAGACUAAAGGCCAGAAUCUCAUGUGCCUGCACGCUGCCAUCUGAGAAAGCAUCUUCUAAGAUCCCGCUGCUGCGCCAGCCCUGCCUGAUGGAGUUCAGAGAUUCCACCAAUCCGCAAGCAAAGGUCAUGGCAGAGUCUGAUGGGAGGUCAUUCAAGGCCAUUACUGGAGAUAUCAGAGAUUUCGCCAAGCUUGCAACUGAUAGAAAAGAGAAUGUGUUGGCAUGGACAUGCAGGUGGAGGGCUUCACACAGAUCCAAAGGAAGGGCUGAAGGAGAUAGAUGCCAAAAAGAUUGUCAGAGCAAUGCUGUCUUAUGUGUGGCCCAAAGACAGACCAGACCUGCGAGCCAGAGUAGCCAUAUCUCUGGGGUUUUUAGCAAGUGCAAAGGCUAUGAAUAUAUUGGUUCCCUUCAUGUUUAAAUAUGCAGUAGACAACCUCAACCAAGUAUCUGGAAACAUGCUGAACCUGAAUGAUGCACCAAACACGGUUGCAACCGUGGCAACUGCUGUUCUCAUAGGCUAUGGCAUCUCAAGAGCUGGGGCGGCAUUAUUUAAUGAAGCUAGGAAUGCAGUAUUUGGGAAAGUGGCUCAAAAUUCAAUCCGAAGGAUAGCAAGGAAUGUUUUUCUGCAUCUUCAUAACCUGGAUUUAGCAUUCCAUCUAAGUAGGCAAACUGGAGCUCUGUCAAAAACCAUUGACAGAGGAACGAGAGGCAUCAGUUUUGUUCUCAGUGCGCUAGUAUUUAAUCUGGGACCUACCAUGUUUGAAGUGGCGCUGGUCAGUGGAAUUCUGUAUUAUAAAUGUGGUGCAGAGUUUGCGUUAGUUACCCUGGGGACACUGGGAGCAUAUGCAGCCUUCACGAUAGGAAUUACGCAGUGGAGGACUAAGUUUCGAAUAGAAAUGAACAAAGCAGAUAACGAUGCAGGUAAUGCUGCAAUUGACUCGCUACUGAAUUAUGAGACUGUGAAGUAUUUCAAUAAUGAAAAAUAUGAGGCCCAACGGUAUGAUGGCUUCUUGAAGACGUAUGAAAAUGCCUCACUGAAAACUACCUCUACUUUAGCUCUCCUGAACUUUGGACAAAGUGCUAUUUUUAGUGUUGGUUUAACCGCCAUCAUGGUACUUGCUAGCCAAGGCAUUGUUGCAGGCAGCCUGUCUGUUGGAGAUCUUGUAAUGGUGAAUGGACUGCUAUUCCAGCUUUCUCUUCCCCUGAACUUCCUGGGAACAGUAUAUAGAGAGACAAGACAAGCACUUAUAGAUAUGAAUACCUUGUUUACCCUUCUCAGUGUAGAUACCAAAAUCAAAGACAAAGAACUGGCUCCACCCCUGCAGAUCACACCACAGACUGCUACUAUCGCCUUUGAUAAUGUGCAUUUUGAAUACCUUGAGGGGCAGAAAAUCCUUGCUGGAGUGUCUUUUGAAGUUCCUGCGGGAAAGAAAGUGGCCAUUGUAGGAGGUAGUGGGUCAGGGAAAAGCACAAUUGUGAGAUUAUUAUUUCGUUUCUAUGAACCCCAGAAAGGAAGCAUCUAUGUUGCUGGACAGAACAUACAAGACGUCAGUUUGGAAAGUCUGAGAAAGGCAAUAGGAGUUGUACCUCAGGAUGCUGUUCUGUUCCAUAACACUAUCUAUUACAAUCUGCUGUAUGGAAAUAUCAAUGCUACACCAGAAGAGGUGUAUGCAGUAGCAAAGUUUGCAGGAAUCCAUGAUGCUAUCCUUCGAAUGCCUAAUGGUUACAACACACAGGUUGGUGAACGAGGACUCAAGCUCUCAGGAGGAGAAAAGCAAAGAGUUGCAAUUGCUAGAGCAAUGUUAAAGGAGCCACAUAUUUUUCUCUAUGAUGAAGCGACAUCAUCUUUAGAUUCAAUUACAGAAGAGAAUAUUCUCAGUGCUAUGAGGGACGUGGUGAGACACCGAACAUCAGUUUUCAUUGCCCACAGGCUGUCAACAGUAGUUGAUGCAGAUGAAAUCAUUGUGCUGGAUCAGGGUAAAGUUGCAGAACGUGGUAGACACGCAGACCUUCUUGCAAGUCCUAGCACUCUCUAUUAUGAAAUGUGGCAUACGCAGAGCAGCAAAGUACUGAAUAGUCAUAACAAUCCGAACUGGGGAGAGAGAAAUAACCAGAUGUCCAAAGAGGAGGAAAGAAAGAAACUGCAAGAAGAAAUUAUCAAUAGUGUGAAAGGCUGUGGAAACUGUUCGUGCUAAGUAUGAUUCUGGAUUAAUCUUUUCUACCAAGUUCCAAUACACAAGAUAACAGUGAUGUGCAGCUCUUGUUUGGUUUUUUAAGUCACCGUUCGAAAACCUCCUGCAUUCUGCAGUUUUUGGUUUUUAGGUUUUUUUUUUUUUUAGUUACUCUGAGGGGCAUCAUUUCAACCAAAGGAGUUAUAAUUCUGCAUCUUCACCAAACUCUAAUAUUCAUUGGCAUCUGCAAGAGCUAAGCUUUUUCAUAAACUUUAAACUUACUUCUCAACUAAGAGUGUAUUUUAUGGCAAUUUGUAGGCAUUGGUAAAUUCUCCUGGUAGAUGCUCAAGAUGGAUUAUUAAAUUGCAAACAGACUUGUCUUUGAUUUACGUUAUUUCUUCUCAUUAUUGAUUGAUAAAUGUCAUGUUUUAAUUGGGUUAAGUUGAACUCAGUUGCUAUUGAGGAAGAUGCAGUUUAAAUUCUUCACUGGUGUUCUAGUUGGAAGUCUUUCCUGUAAAGAAUAAGAAAAACAUCAACAAAGUAUUCGAAGUUUCUAGUAGGAACCAAAGCACUGGAAUAAUCCACCUCAGAAAACACCUCCUGUACUAGACUACCAGGAAAUGUAUUCUUUCAAAAGAGAACUCAGUGUUUUUAAGAGCUGUCAGAAAUCUGGAAUUGACAAAAUGUUGUGUAACUUCAUGGAAAACAUGCAAAAUAUUGUACGCAAAUAUUAAGAAUCUGAACCUUCCCCUUUAUUUAAAUGAAAAACAAAAAUCCAAGGUCAGGAUUCUUUAUCCUCAACAUCUGCUUCAGUAGUCAAAGCAGAAUGCAGUCCCUCUUUUUCAUUUCAGUUGUGGUAUUAGGGAGCAAUUGAGAUUCAGUAAAAAUGUUCAGGAGUUUCUGUUGUUGAUAUGAGAAAAUGACCCUGGAGAAUGUUGGAAGUGUUGUAACCAUCUCCUGAUUUCAAUAGUCAGAACUUCUUCAGUGUCAAGAAAACCUCAGGCUUCGUGAUUUGCGGGACACCACAGGAUUGUGGCCUUAGGCCUUAUCUCUCCAGGCAGGUUUACCAUAUUUAUUUUUCACUAGUUACUCUGGUAUAAUUCCUUUUUCACUUUUUUCAUUUAAAUAAAGAAUCCUUCUCUUGGAUGCUGAAAAACAAUUUUUUUUUUCUGAGAAAUUAUACUGGUAUAAUUACAUUUGUAUAAUUGUGUUAGUAAAAUUAUGCAAAAUUUCUCAGUGUGGGCACUUGCAGUGCACUGAAUUUGAUGCUUCUUGGAGUUUAUCUCUGAACAGUGUUUAUUCUUUUGUGUUAAGCCCCUUUCUGAAACUGAAUACAGGAACAGCAAAGGAACUGAAACCUUUGUUAUCUUUUCUGCUAUUCACUCAUUUUCCGUCUAUUAAAAUGAUGGGGGGAGGGGGGGAGAAUCUGUUACCAAUCAGCAGUUUAAAAUAAUUCUAAAGUUGUAUCAAAUGCAAGGACUUGUAUUUUCAUCCUUGGAAUCCGGAAGCAAAAUGAAGCCUUGCUGAUGAAUUGGCAUUUCAGAAUUCUUGUAACUUAUCAUCUUCAUUUUAUUUUCACUAGUUUUCUCUUUUUUUAAGUUUCUAACGACCAUAUGGUUAAUUAUAAAGGUGAAGUUUUAGAAAUGUCAGAGGUCUGAAAGAUGGAGGAAGUGUUUUUUACCUUUUUUUCUUGAUGAACAGUUUCACAUAUUGCAGGGCUUAGAUGGUCUAUUAAUUGUCUGAAGACAACGCAAAGGCAAGCAUUAUCAUCUAAACAGUCUGAACCCAAAGCCAUUUUAAUGCCAAAUCUGAUUGUGAAGGUAAGUUUUCAGGUGAGCGAGUGAUUAUAGAAAGCCGAUGUGUUACGUGAUUAGUGGGGAUGGCGUCUGCAAGCACACCAAGAAUUUUAGUAUUACAUGCUGGGGAUAAGGACUGCUACCAGAUGGUAAAUACUAGAAGUGGUCAAGGCUUUUUUUAAACUGAUUACGGGUUUGUUAUAGCUGUAAGGCCAUUACCUAUCUGCCAUCACUUUUUAUGCCAACCCAUAUGCUGCCACUUGUCCAAGUUUAAGCAAACUGGGUGAGCACUAGUAACUCUUAACAAAGGUGUUUCCUGAGAGAGGAUGGUAGUCACAGACUAUUUGUUCGAAAGACUAUUGCAAUGAGAUUUGGAGAUACCUGAAAGCUUCCUGGCUUUAUUUGAGUGAAUGUGCUUAUCUAUCUGCUUUUUAGGCACAGGUUACAAAAAUGUGUUUUCCCGUUGUAAAUCUAGCAGCAGCACACAAGAAAUGGAGGAAAAAAAGACUACUGAUUUAAAAAAAAAAAAAAAUAAAAAGUUCCCCCUAAUUGGCUUCCCAAGUUAAAUGGUGAAAACUUCCUGUGAGAGCAGAAAAAGUCAUGGAUAGAGUUGUAAAUGAGCAAAUGAGGAUUCUCGGGUGUUGGCAGCCUCACACAAUUCUGUCGAAUGGAUGCAAGAAUAAAACAGCGAGUGACACGUCUAGCUUGUGAGCAGGCGGCUCGGGGAAGUGGUAGCAGUACUUGGUGAAUCUUUUGUCUGCUCAGAGGUAAAACUUUUGCUCAGACCUCUUUGUUUGGGAUUUUCAUUCAUGUACUGUGGCUCCAAAAUGUCACCGUUCUAAGCAGGCAUUUAGAACACAAUGGUGGGGGAGUUGUGGCUUUGGAGACUCGCUGUAGUAUGCUGACUGUCGAGAUGGCAUAUGACAUUUCUUUAAAAAGCUUUACAGUUUCAUACAGGAAACUGAUAUAACCCCUGAAUUCUGGUAAUCCUGCUUUUCUGUCAUCUUGGAACGUUACUUUUCUAAGCAGCAGCUUUUCAUGUUCUUGAAAUGUUCCUGGACUUCUGGCUGUUUUGUUUUUCAGAAUUCAAGUCAUCUACUCCCAUGAUAAGAUCUUUGUUUGCAUUUUUUAGAGUGGAAAAAAGCAGUUUAUUUUUUUCAUUCUCUUUUUUGAAAGAAAUGUGUUUGUGAAAAAUGGACAUAAAAUGCACUGCUUCUUGCAGUGGGUGGUCAUCUAUUAACUAUAAACUUAUCAAAUUUCAUUUUAAUUCCUAUGCAUAAACUUCUAAGGACAAUACAUUUUUGGCUGUUCUCACCUCCAGGUUAGUGAACUAUUUAGUGGUUGGUGGAGAGGUAAUUUUGUUUUGGUUGUUAGAAAUGGAAAUUCAUAUUUCCUUGCAGAUGAUCCCUCAGUUUCCUCUCAACAGUGCUAUUAUAUGGAUUGGUAGUUACCUAAAUCUCUUAAAAUUCAGAUUUUAAAUUAUGUUUAAAUUUCCUUUCGGAACAGAAGUGUAAAAUGUAUAUUGUACAGUAAGCUGGUACAUAUUCAAGUACAAAAAGAACUAGCUUAAGAUCAUAUGGUGUAAAAAUCCUGAUGGAAGACUUCUUACCCUGACUCCUGUUGUUCGUCUGUGUAUAGAUAAUUGUUAUUAAAUAAAGGAUUUAUCUUUGUGAAUAGAAA